GAGUCCCUCUCUGCGGUGUGUUGAUAACGGUACCUGGCGGGGCACGGAUGGGAACUGCGCGUGAUUUAUCUCCAGAUUUACAUUUAUUCCCACAAAACCGAAGUGAUACGUAGAUGAAUUGUGCACAUGUUAUCGAGUCCAGGUCAUUGUUGAGCUUUUUGACCACUAGAUUAUAGCCGCAAGUGGCCCCUCCGACACGGGAGCUAACGUUAGCCUUGUUAGCACGGGGGAGAACCGCAUUAACAACACCUCGAAGAAGAAGGUGGAGGAAAACAUGCUGUUUGUAACUGGGGUGUAGCCUGCGGACCUCCUGCGUGUGUCUGGUCUGAAUCCUCACUUGGGAGUGGUGCAGUCCGCCCAUCAGACCGGUUGAUGCUCCAUCCUCUGAAGCCUCUUCAGACCCAGCCUCCACACAGCAGAUGAGUCGUCUCUGGCGGCGAGACAUGGCCCUGACCGGCCAAUCGAGCCGUGGUCCUCCAGUGGGACCGGUUCCCGGGGCCCCCACCAUGGCCACCCUGGGGGGUCCCAUCUCCUCUCCGGUCCCUGAGACCCUCUUGGUGAUGCCCACCGACCCGAUCUUCCUCAUGACCUCCACGGCCCAGACCAUCUCCGGCGUAUUCGUGUGGACCGCCCUGCUACUCACCUGUCACCAGAUCUACAUGCACCUGCGGUACUACAGCUCGCCCAACGAGCAGCGCCACAUCGUGCGCAUCCUCUUCAUCGUACCGAUCUAUGCCUUCGACUCCUGGCUCAGCCUCCUCUUCUUCACCAACGAGGAGUACUACGUGUACUUCGACACGGUGCGCGACUGCUACGAGGCAUUCGUCAUCUACAACUUCCUCAGCCUGUGCUACGAGUACCUCGGCGGAGAGAGCGCCAUCAUGGCCGAGAUCCGCGGGAAACCCAUCGAGUCCAGCUGUGUAUACGGGACCUGCUGUCUGUGGGGGCGGACCUACUCCAUCGGCUUCCUGCGCUUCUGUAAACAGGCCACGCUGCAGUUCUGCGUGGUGAAGCCCCUGAUGGCCGUGAUCACCGUCGUCCUGCAGGCCUUCGGGAAGUACCGGGACGGGGACUUCAAUGUUGCCAGCGGUUACCUGUACAUCACCAUCGUGUACAACAUCUCGGUGAGCCUGUCGCUGUACGCCCUGUUCCUGUUCUACUUCGCGGCGCGCGACCUCCUGGUGCCGUACAACCCCAUGCUCAAGUUCUUCAUGGUCAAGUCGGUCAUCUUCCUCUCCUUCUGGCAGGGCAUGCUGCUGGCCAUCCUGGAGAAGUGCGGGGCCAUCCCUCAGAUCAGCUCGGCCGAGGUGUCGGUGGGCGAGGGAACGGUCGCCGCCGGUUACCAGAACUUCAUCAUCUGCAUCGAGAUGUUCUUCGCCUCGGUGGCGCUGCGCCACGCCUUCACCUACAAGGUGUACAUGGACAAGAGGCUGGACGCCUACGGUCGCUGCGCCCCCAUGAAGAGCAUCUCCAGCAGCCUGAAGGAGACCAUGAACCCGGGGGACAUGGUGCAGGACGCCAUCCACAACUUCUCCCCGGCCUACCAGCAGUACACGCAGCAGUCCACACUGGAGCAGCCGGGGGGGCCGUCCCUCUCCCGUAGCCAUAGCAACGUCAGCGCCCGGGCCGACAACGAGAAGACCCUGCUGCUGAGCUCCGACGACGAGUUCUGAGGCGAACGCACCAUAAAGGAAAACAAACAAACAAACACACACACAAAACCUGUAACACACGAAACACGUAAACACACACGUGCAUACACACAUAACACAUACAAAGCAUGGAUAUACAGAAGCAGUUUCACAAACACACACACACACACUCACAUGCUGGUUUUCCAAGUCAGCGACUUUUCCUUGCGUGAGAACAAGCCAAUCCGUCUCGGUUUGACCGGGAAGCUUUUGCGUGUUUUUGCCGAUGUUUUUAAGUAAAUUUCGGGGGACCGGUCCGAACAGUUCCCCGACAUAUUUUGGAACAGUUCCGACAUAUUCCAAACGGAUCAACCAUGUUUCACAAAAAGUUCUGUCAGAUUCCGAAGUCUUCGAGCAUAUUUCGGAAACCAAAAUUCUGACUGAAUUAGCGUCAUCAGGAGAGCAAUCAGUGAAUAAUAUACAUCUUGCUGUAAUUUACUUCAGGUCAACUUGAUGAGUUGCACGUUGCAUAGAAAGACACGUAUGCCAAGUUUAUUCAAACCCAGGCAAAUGCCAACAAUAACCGAUAUUCUACACUUCUAAUCAAACCGAUCCUGAUGUAUAAUAGAUACAUAGAUAUAUGAGGCGUUACGGCUUAUUUUAUGAAUGUUAGCUCAGCCCCUAGAGUCAGAGCCCCAUCAGGUACCAGUCAUCAGGCCGGUGGUGUAGUCUGAUCACAGCUGGGGUAUAAGUAGAUAGACAGACAAGCCUUCCAAUCAGUUCAUUCAGACCGAAUCAACUGAUUGGACAGGCCAGCAACAGAUAUCGGAUCUCGUACUUUUUUUGUCCGAGCAUUUGAUUUAUUGAUUGUCGGGAUGUAAACAUGAUUCAAACAAUAAUACAAAAAAUGCUUCUGAAAAUCUGAUUGCAUAUCCUAGCUUUAAAUAUUCUGGUAUUGCUACAAAUGGCCCAAAAAAACAGGUGGUUUUGGUCUUAACAGAACGUCUGCCUUAAGUCAAUGGUCAACAGAUAUAUGUGGGAAAUGCGGAAGACAUAUAUGGCAUUUAUUGACACUAAAUAUUGCUGUACUGUAUUUUAAUAUAUACAUAUUAAUUUUAAGUCUUAGUUCAUUCUUUUUUAAUGUUUUCUAUGACCUAAAUGGUAUGACUUGGGGAAAAAAAGAAGCCAGUUGGGAAACUGUAUAUUCCAGCGAUAGGGAGAGUCCUUCCACUGUUUGUGUGUAAUAUUAUGCUGUGUGUUUCUAUGGGCGAGUGGAGCAGGAGGUUGGUCUGUUUUCCCGCUCUUCGUCGUGGUGUGGGGCGGGGGAGGGGGGGGUAGGCAUUAAGCAGUUGUAUUUUAUGUUACUGAUUUCCCUUUUGUAUUCCUAUUGAUGUUGGCUUCUCAAGCUCCCCGGUUCCCCCCCCCCCGGUGCCUGGCUGAGGAUACCUAGCGACCCGGAGCCUGGGUUAAAGUAUCCUAGACCCCUAAGCCUGAGUCAGGGUUUAUAGGGACCCUAAGCCUGGGUCAGGGAACCUUGUGACCCUUAGGCCCAAUCCCAUUUCUACCCCUUACCCCUCCCCCUUGUUUUGAAGAGGUAAGGGGGAGGGGUAAGGGGAAGGCGUAAGGGGUAGAAAUGGGAUUGGGCCUUAAUGUCAAGUUACCUUAGACCACUCAGCAUGGGGACCGAGGACCAUUCUUUUAGGGGAUCCAGCACCAGCUACUCUGACUUUUAGUUUUCGCCUUCACGUUUUGUGUCAAAAAUGCAGAAUCGAUAACACAAUAGUCGGCCAAAUGACAAAGUGCUUUCAAUUUAAUUAGAGCAAAGCUUUCUCUUUGUGACUACUGAUGUUUGCCAGGGAUGGAGAAUCUACGUCAGCCAAUGAGGCUUGGCGACCUCUUCUGGCAGGCUGCUGAGCUACCUCUGUCAGCCAUUUUUAAAGUUCACCGCCAACUGUCGUGUGGUUAAUCUUAUAGUCGCUCCGAUUAAUGACGUUGUUUUUGUAAAUCACUUAUCGUUACAGCGAGACUAUCUGCUCUUGUGUGUUGUGUGUUGAGCACACACACACACACACACACGCUUUGAGCUUCGAUCCAUUGGUUGUUAUGUUUAAGACAGUGAAAUGAAUGCCUUAGUUGUGUUAAUUUCCUGGACUCAGCAUCCAUCUUAAGCUCAUUGAAGAAGCGAUGACAUGAGGCUUUUGAUACUGUGUAUUCAAAAAGGUAUAUUUUAAUUAAAAAGCUGAAUAUAUUAUACCAGAAAUAAGAUAUUGUAAAUACCUCUUAAUUUAACUCUGUUCAAAAUGUAUGAUGGUGAUUUUAGUGUUGGCUUAGUGCUUUUGUUGUCUUUCACAAUUCUUAAGUCUUUCUUUAAAUUUGUACAUUAGUAUAUCACUGUGUGUGAAAGCAAAUAAAAUAUAGGAAAGUUAUAACAAUUUUAUUUGUAUAAUUAAUUAAACAUGUGGAUGGUUUCCUUGUGUC